AUAAUCAAAUUUCAAUCCUUUUGGCAUGAUGAUGCUGAUUGGAUCAUGCCGAUUGGAGCGUGUAUGGCGGUCAGCGUGCGUGAACUGUGAGUUCAGUAGAGUCAAGAUGUUUGUCGGUGGUAGACGUCAUGUCGCAAAAUGCAGCCCGAUAUCGAAAAAUGCUCAUGGAGUUUAUUUCUAUAUAUCAAAGUGAACCGUGUUUAUGGAAAGUGAAAAGUAAAGAAUAUCAUAAUAGAGAAAAGAGAAACGCAGCUUUGGAUAAGUUAUUAACAAAGUAUAAAGAAG